GCACCGGCCCAGGAACACGGCCGCCAUCUUGGCCACUAUUCACAGUUCUCACUUACGCCCAUCAAGCACCAUAAAGACACCAACACAGUACCACGAAACACGAAUCAUUCAUGUCAGCUGGUCAACGUGUCGCGCCGGACAUGGACGAACAUGCUGCAAGUGCAGACCACGUUGCUGCCAACGGCCAUGUGGACGCGACCGACCCGUCCAACAGCUGGGCGAUGGAACAGGAGCUGCAACAAAAAGCCGCCCAGCAGCACCAAGCUGCCCAACAAGCCGCCCAGCAAGCCGCUCAACAAGCCGCCCACCAGGCGGCGGCAGUUGCCGCGCCGCUGCACCAUCAUCCGAGCACGGCGCACACCUGGUCGCCCAACGCGGAACCCGCCCCCGAACCGCCCAUCGUUCCCACCUCCCGCGGAGAGGAGAUAACAGGCGAUGUGUCGCCCGUCCGUCGCCACCAAGAGACGCCUCCCGAAGAGGCACCGCCUCCUCGAAGCCCCUCUGGUCCCCAGGGACCCAUACCGGUGGCCGUCACCAGCUUCGCUCCUGGAGAGGAGCAAGGGCCUGGAACCAUCAGUAGCCUAAAAGCGCUGAACCCAGCCGACGCCCUGCCACCGCAAGGCGAUGACAAGGACUUGCUUUACCAGUCCCUCGGCGGUUCAGCCAUCAUGGUCAGCACGUACGGUGCCACAUCGUACGCUCCGGGUUCACCGUACGCUGUCCAGUCCACUCGCCACCCGGAGCACGUGUACGUGAAGACGCAGCCAUCGUCCGGUGUGCUCAGCCCACCUGCAUAUGCGCAAGUGCAUCACGGCGGGUCCGAGCUGGGUGGAUCUCCGCCGGCUAUGUACUCCCCUCUUACCAUGUACGUGUCGCAGUCUCAGGGGCAGGCCAUGUGGCAAGGCCAACAAGCCGACAGUCACAACGGCAACGGCGGCGCGUAUGCACUGCAGCCAACUUCCAUCAGCCCUGGAAUGGAUCCAUCAGACCCGUCGCAUUCCAACGGGUUCUACUCGACGCAGUAUGUGCGGUCGGACAUGCCGUGGCCCGUGUACGACAACAGCGCUUCGCUGGCCAUGCAGCAGCAUACGGCGUACGCUACGGAUUCAAUGGGAAGAAUCCUGUCACCAGAACGAUUACAAGAGUUCUACAGCAACGAGAGCAAGGAAUGCGUCAACUGCGGUGCCAUUUCCACGCCGCUAUGGCGACGAGACUGUACGGGACACUACCUGUGCAAUGCAUGCGGUCUUUACUCCAAGAUGAAUGGUGCCAACCGACCUCUCGUCAGGCCACCCAAAAGGAUAAUGACACCAGAGGUCACGGAUACUCGGUACAGAACCACAUACGCCAAACAGCAACAGCAACAACAACAACAAACGCCUAACAGGCGUAUGGGGCUGCAGUGUUCCAACUGCUCGACUUCAACAACCACGCUGUGGAGGAGGAACAACCAGGGCGAACCCGUGUGCAACGCAUGUGGGCUCUACUUUAAGCUGCACAACGUUAAUCGACCACUAGCCAUGAAGAAAGAAGGCAUCCAGACACGAAAGCGAAAGCCCAAGAGUGCGAACCAGGAGGGGAAGUCGUCAAAGAGCAAGUCAGCCGCGGCUGCUCACGAAGCAGAAAGCAAGCGGAUGAUGCCCACGUACUCAACGCUGGUCUCUGGUGACAUCGCCUACACCAUGCAGGCAAGACGGCUGAGUCCAGACCGAGGCCUACCAUCCGCAUCAUCUUUACCAGCCUACACACCUGCCUCAAGCAUCAAGCACGAAAUGUCCAUUAAUGCUUCACCCGUCAUGGAGAUGCUGGAAAACCACAGCCCCCGCUCUCUGCCGUCUCCCAUAGCGCCUUCGUCAGCCACGCUUAACAAACACCUCCACGGCCUUAGCAUGGCACCGCUGGACGGUCCCACGACGAGCAGUCCUCAUCACAUGGGCGGGGGAUCUCAGUCCAGCAUGUACCCUGCCGUUACGAGCGUCCUGGUCCAAAUUGACCACGGAAAGCUGCAACACCAACAGGGACCACAGUCAGCAGUCAUUCAACAUCACCACUCCUCGUGAAACGCAACCUGAAGGCGGUUUCUAUUGCUUGCGGGGACCUUCUGCUUCUGGUAGGAAAGCAGACGACGUUCUUACGACGACGAUCUUACGUCAUCUUCCGUACCGGAAGCAGACGACACGCGUCGGCUUCACCGAAACAGCAUGACCCGAAGACGGCUUCUAUUGUUUGCGGGGAUGUUCUGCCUCUGGUAGGAAAGCAGGCAAUGUCUUACGUCGUCUUCUGUACCAGAAGCAAAAGACACGCGUAGACUUCAUCGGAACAACACGCAGUAGAACAUUGUGAGCGAGCGUCGCCCAUUGAUCCAUAAGACGGUCUUGGCGAUGACGAUGGGACUCAUGUGUGUCGAUUUUUACAGGGUCUUCAUCCGUGAAAUAAUUUCAGGUUUGACAAAAAUUUCGUUCACGUGUAUGGUGUUUUUGUUGUGGCUGUUUCGAAUGCUGGUUAGCAUUUUGUAGUUGCUGACACUCUUUUAGUGAUACUCAGUGUUGACAAAAGUAGUUACGGUCUGUGGCAACGCGGUAAGCGAGCGCGUUGCUUACGCCGAACAAUUUAGCGACAUUUCAACAUAUAUUUUGUAGACUAAGGGUGCCGAAUAUGAUAGCGGGAAGGGGGCUACGAAGAGCUGCAGUCUCUACUAGGAGCUACAGAGCUACAAAGGGGCCUUAACUUAUGCGGACAAUGAAAACCUGAUUUCAACGAAGUACUCUCGAUUUCUAACAUUCGUGCUGUUUUUGUUUGUUUCAGUGGACAAUCGUAGCUUUGUCGUACUUAAAUUUGAAGCAAUUCCAGAACUAUAGUUCUCAGGAACGUACAUCUUGCCUUUUAUAUUUCUGUCAUAGUAAGUUAAACAUCGCUCAGACAAUGGCGACCGUUAUGAUAGAAUAUGCAACCGUAUAUUUUCUUCCUCGAGAUCAAUGCAUUACUGUGACUUCACUAAAGUCGAUGACAUCUCACGUGGUCGAGCAUGAAUUGCCUUAUCCAUGAUCUCAUUUGUCUUUUAGUGUGCUAACCAUUGACAGACUGUAAAUAAUUUCACGAUUCACUUACAGCGGCAAGUAAGACAUCUGGCUAAGUAGUAUGGCAGGUAACUUUGAAAACGCAUACUGUGUGAGAAAUAACCACUUUAAUUUAGCAGCUAUUUUGUCUGCGCUCGGCACAAGAAAGGUAAAAAAAAAGGAAUUAAAUAGGUGUUCAGUGGUUUCGUAGCUAUCGCUGUAUUGAAAUUCAACAGGGUCGACUUAUGACAGAUAAUAACAUAUGUUUUUUUUUCUUCUUCUUCUUUCUCCUUCUUUUUUACUUCGCUCGGUAUCCAGUAUUUAGUGAGGAAGAACCAACUGAUUUAGUCAAGUGCAAUUCUGACUCAUACGCUUGGCAUGAUCACGCAUAUUGGUCGGUCAUGCAUUGGGGAAUGGCAAGUUAUGCAAAUAAGUUGAAAGUAAUGCCGAGCUUUCUUGGAACAAAAAAUCAAGGCAUUCAGGAGAAAGCACGUGUAGAGGCACAUCUUUUUCUGAAUUAGUCGUGAGUGCUUUGACGUGUUGUGAGUGUUAGAUUACGACGACGUGGGUUUGCUAGCGUGCCAUAUACGUACAGCAAAAGCAAUACAUCUCAGCGGACUAUGGGUUCACUGCGUUAAUUGAUUGAGUGACAUUGGUUAGAGUGGACUGUGAGUGUGACGUAAGAAAGAAAUACAUAUCCGCGCGGCGUGAUAGAUUAUGUACACCAGUGUCCUCAUGUACAAAUGUAUUAUAUGUGAAUCAAAAGAGGACAUGGCUGGGCAAAUAAAAAUGGUUCCGUGCUAAA